AAAGAAAUAGAAUUUAGAGGGAGUCAAAAUGGUAGUAGGAGAUCACGAUUAAUUGACAGGGGGUUGUAAUCUCAAUAAUAGCAUCAGCUAAGAGACGAAGUGAUGGACAAUAGUCAGCUACUCGGCUCAGCUACCUCCACUUCUUAGUUCUUCCUUCUUUUUUCUCUCUCUCCUAGUCUGCAUUUCUUGUUCUGUUUUGAAUCUUCUCUCCAUUCCUCGCCCUCUACAUCCUUUUCAAUAAACGAAUAAUUCCACUUCUUCUUCACUUCCUUUCUCUUUUUUGUUUUUGUCAAGAAACAGCAUUAACAACCCCUAGUCGGUCUCAUCUUCCCAACUUUCUCUCUAACCUCCUCUCUCUCUCUCUCUGGUUUUUUUUUUAUCUGCGCACAGAAUCUCUGUAAAGGCAACCCACUAAUGAAGGCUGUCUUAAAAUUGGAUUUACAUGAUGACAAAGCCAAGAAAAAGGCUCUCAAGACUGUCUCUACUCUAUCUGGAAUCGAUUUGAUCUCCAUGGACAUGAAGGAGAAGAAAUUGACAGUAAUUGGGUCAGUUGAUCCAGUGAGUGUAGUUAGCAAGUUGCGCAAGUAUUGGCAAACAGAAAUAGUCUCAGUAGGACCAGCAAAAGAGCCUGAGAAGAAAGAGGAGGCAAAGAAGGAAGAGGAAGCAAAGAAAGAGGAACCCAAGAAGGAGGAAGCCAAGAAAGAAGAAACAAAAAAGGAAGAACCGAAAAAGGAGGAAGAGAAGAAGAAAGAGCAGCCAGCGGUACCAGAUCCUGUUUUGGAACUUGUUAGGGCGUACAGGGCAUACAAUCCCCACAUGACCACUUAUUACCAUGUCCAGAGUGUGGAGGAGAAUCCAAUUGCUUGUGUUAUUUGUUAAACAGGCAAGCAGGCUGUGAUUCACUUGUGUUCUGAAUAAGCUCUUAUGAUCAAUGCCUGCAAGUGCGCGUAGGAGGCAACAUCCAAGUGGAAGGGGAGCCUGGGAGGUUUUCUUUUUGUUUGGUGAUGCCUUAUUGAUCUGUUUACAUAUAUGUGUUGUUGUGUAUGGGUAGUUAAACAAUACCGGUGCACAAAGCUCCUGCUUUGGGUGGGGUAAGGGGAAAGACAAUUUGUACGUACACUUUAUCCUACAUAAUAUGUGGAGUUAUUUGAUCUCGCUUAAUGAA